AUGAUGUCGGAAGCUUCAGUGUCAGAGAGGACAAAGAAUGAAAUCGACGAGAAUACGAAUGCCAUGCCAAUAGGCACGCACAGUCCCCCGCCAGAGAAGGGGCCAGAGGAUGCUCAAAACCCGGUGCACCUAAGCUCAAUAAGGUUGAGUGCUAUCGUAUUCUCGCUGUGUCUGGCAGUGUUCCUCUGUGGACUAGACCAAACAGUUAUCGCAACAGCAACUCCGAAAAUCUCAGAUAGUUUUCACUCCCUCGGGGAUGUUGGCUGGUGGACAUCUGCCUACCUCCUUACCACCGCCACGUUUCAACUGCUGUACGGAAAAGCGUACAGCUUGGUGACAGUGAAACAUGUCUAUCUAUUUGCAAUGCUUAUUUUUGUUGUUGGCUCAAUCAUAUGUGCCGCGGCGCUGAAUUCUAUUGCUUUGAUUCUAGGCCGCGCAAUUGCUGGAGUUGGAGCGUCUGGCCUUAUGUCAGGGGCUGUUCUGAUAAUAGCACAGUCUGCACCUCUGGAAAAACGUUCCGGUCUGCUUGGGAUUAUCACUGGUAUAUUUGGUAUCUCAAGUAUCGCAGGGCCAUUUAUAGGAGGAGCCCUGACGGAGAGAAGCACAUGGCGCUGGUGCUUCGGUAUUAAUGCCCCGAUUGGCGCAGUGACUAUGGCCAUUGUGGCAGUUUGUGUGAAGAAGAUAGAGCAUAGCGACAACAACGGCAAGAAUCGAGCGACUCUGACACAGAAGAUAAAGCAAUUUGACCUCUUUGGAAUGGUUGUCAUUCUAGCCUCGCUCGUCUGCCUCAUCCUUGCUCUGCAACUAGGUGGAUCACAGUCAUCCUGGAAUAGCGGUCGUGUUAUAGCACUGUUUGUCGUCGCCGGUGUUUUACUUCUUGCCUUCCUGGCAAUGGAGAAGUGGCUCUCAAAGUCCCGGACGAUUCCUAGUACAAUCGUGCAAUCUAGGAGCAUGUGGGCUGCGGCUUUGUUUGCGGCAUGUACAGCUGCAGCCAUGUUUGUGGCUGUAACCUACCUUCCAAUCUAUUUCCAGGCGGUUCGAGGCUCGUCUGCGCUACGAUCCGGUGUGAUGCUCACGCCUCUGAUUCUUGGAUUUGUCGUCAUGUCUGUUUUUGCAGGCAUUUUGACCAACAUGAUGGGCUACUCGAAUCCGGCGAUGAUCGCGGGCGCUGUGCUGUCGGCUGUUGGCGCUGGGUUACUUAUGACCUUUGCGCUUGAUACUCCAUCGCCGAAAUGGAUUGGAUAUCAAGUUCUAUUUGGCUUCGGGAUCGGGUUCGGUCUCCAACAGCCAAUGCUAGUUGUGCAGACUGUGCUCCCUUCGGAGGACAUCCCGAUCGGAGUGUCAUUGAUCACUCUUUUUCAAAUGGUUUCUGGCUCUAUAUUUGUCUCCGUGUCUCAGAGUAUCUUUCAAAACACCAUUGUUGAUAUCCAUAAUGUUUUCCCUAAUAUUAGCGUGGAUACACUAUUGAAAACUGGUGCAACAGAUAUCCCAACGCUAUUUUCAGAUGAUCAACUCCUGCGAGUACUUCCUAUCUAUCGCAAUGCUAUUAUUAACACAUUUUAUGUUGCAUUAGCACUGAGUUGUCUAUCAAUAUUGGGGGCUCUCGGCACGGAAUGGAAGUCGAUGAAGACAAAAGCUGUCAGCGAGGAAGUUGAACAAUGA